GCUGGAUCUCAAGAAGGCAUUUCCUCAGCUGAGGCUCCUCCCUCUGAUGACUUCUAGCUUGUGUCAAGUUGAAACACGGAACCACUCAGUAUACAGACCCUUGUUGUUUCUCCAGUUUAUUGAGAUAAGGCUCGCUCUAGGUCAGAAUUUCAUCAUUGUUCUGUGGAAACACAUCACUAUAUAUGGUGGAAAUACAUCACUAUGUAUGUGUUUAUGCCUAUGAUGCACGCACAGUGAGCUCUAAGUGUUCUGUUCUGUUUUCCUUUUUCAGUCAUACAUCAUUUUUCUACAAGACAAAGAAGAAUUAGAGCAAUAAAGGAAAUGGCCAGGGUCUUAGCUCCUGGAGGCCAACUGAUGAUUUACGUUUGGGCGAUGGAACAGAAGAACCGGCACUUCGAGAAGCAGGACGUGCUGGUACCGUGGAACCAUGCUCUCUGCUCCCGGCGGCUCUCAGAAUCCCACCAGUCCUGGGGGCAUCCGUGUGGGCAUCCCAUGAGCCAAGGCCACCAGGGUCCUGGCUCUGCCUGCAGCUGCGCAGUGUGUUUUCAGGGCAAGUGCGAUUCCAAGCGGUCCCACAGCAUGGACGACGGGCCUGCGAUGGCGAGAACCUGCUGUGAAGAUGUUUCGAAGGAAGGCGAAGAAGCAAAUGGAUUGUAUAACAAUUUCGGAAAAUCUUUCCGCUCCUGGUUUUUCUCCAGGUCUUUGGAUGAAUCAACCCUGAGGAAGCAAACUCAAAGAACCAGACCCAUGAAAGUCACGGAGGGCUGGGCCAAUAGCACUGUGUCCCGUCAGCCUUCCAGACACCCCAGCUUAGACUUACAUCCUCAGGAGACGUUUUCAACAAAAGAACCAAAUUUAGAUGAGGUGUUUGGAGACACAUCUUUUCAAAGACACUUGGGCUGGCUGGAAGCACCGGGCACUUCAGAGAACUUCAGGGGACACCGGGGAGGAGAGGGCAGGAGGAAGGAGGGCGACGAUUUUCUGGACAUCACUGACAGCAGAGACAGUGUGGCUGCAGAUAACGUCAUUGAUCCUUCUGCCAGAAAAAUAUUAAGGAGAGUUUCUGCAUUUGACUCUACAGAUUCCAAACCAGAAGGCCCAAGCUACGCGGAGGAGCAGCAGGAUGCUCCGGAUUCCAGGGCCUUCAUGCGCUACUACCAUGUGUUCCGGGAAGGUGAGCUGUCCGGACUACUGCAGGAGAGUGUGUCCGAGCUGCAGGUUCUGAGUGCCGGCAAUGACCAUGGUAACUGGUGCAUCAUCGCAGAGAAAAGGGAGAGCUAGGAAUAACUACACCACUUGGGUCAGGGGCUUCAGAGGUGACCCGUUGUCUGUCCACUGGGGUGGAUGUGGGCACCUGAGUCAGCAUCCUGUUUCAUUGUUUUCAAAUCCAGGUACAAGUGGUCCUUGGACACUUUGACCUGAUCCUCUGAGUAGUUGAGUAAGCACAGAACCUGGAGCUUGCUGCAUCUGCCACAGGAUAUGUCUGCUGAUAUGUCAAUAAAAGGAUCUGCAGAAGCAAUAGAAAAUGUACUUCAGUACAGGCUUGAUUUUAUUGCUUCCGGAGAUGAAAAUAUUAUAAUAAGUGUAAGUUGAGUGUCAGUAUUAUCUUUUGGUUUUUAAAUAUUCUGCUGUUAAAUAUCUUUUAGAAGCAUUUUUUUUUAUAUAUAUAAAACUAUGCUGGUUCUCAGGUCAUUACUUAGAUCUGUGUGGAAGGUAACAAGGACACCUGUUCGGCUGCGGGGUGUGUAUUUGUUGAGGCUUGCUGUGGGGGUGUCUUGCUUUCAGGCUUUGCGUCUCUCUACUCCAAGUCUUCAGAGACAUUCAUAUGGUGCAGAGAAACACAAGUAUUGCCCAGACUUUCUAAACCACACGCAAACGUCCUUCAGGAUGAUCAUUGUAAAUAAUACCGUCUUCUGCGUUGUUCCAAAGGUUUUUAAAGGCACUGUCAGCAGAGGGUGUGGCUUUGUCUUCCAGCCGGCAGGAAGCUAGCACGUCCAAGAAUCAGCAUCUAUGCACACACAGAUAGAGGAAAAAGAAUAAAAACACUGUUAGCAUGCAGAGACCACUACGUGGGUGGGAGGCAUUAACAGUCUUCUGGUGGCAUUUCCCCCAAAGGUAUUAGAAGCAUAAAUAUCCUGCUGAGAUAGUACCAAAAUUAACCAAAGAGUUUUUGAUCAGGAAGUGCUUGUCUGAGAUAUCUGAGAGUCUAAUCAGACCACUUGUACUUUGGCUGUGAGGAAAGAUUUGAAGAGUGCGGUGUAUUCAGCCUUGAUGGACACAUAACUGGGAUUUGUUGUUGCAUGCCCAGGCAUUUACUCUUAAAGGUGACCACAUUAGAUUUACUGUAUCAGUGAUCUAGACAGAAUCAAAACUUACUUGCAGGUUGAAUUUCUGGCACUCUAUAGAGCAGUGAUUGGACCGGGCAUUAUUGCUGCUUUUAUAUAGAUUUAACCUCAGGUCUGUUUAAUUCUAUGUCAUGGAUCCCCAAGGAACAAUUUAUGACAUAAAUAGGGACCAGACUUGAGAGAAACAAAAAAUAAGCUGGCCAAGGAAUACGGUUCCAGAUCACCCUUUAAUAAGCAGAAAAUCAAAUAGUCAUCAUACUUUCUGGACCAAUGUAAUGAUGGAUAUUGGAUUAAAAUCCAAUCUUCAUUUCAUUUUUUUUCCACUACAAAAUUAACAAAAAUUGUAAUGCAUCACAUUUAUUUGGUGUUUACCCUCUUCAGGGAUUUUGCUAGAACUUAACAGGACGAAGCUGCUUUGGAAGAAAAUUCAAAGAUGGUUUUAAAGCGGUAUUGGGGAACCACUGAGCCCCUUCUUGCUCCUAAGUCAGAUCGCCUCACCCCGGAUGUGGAAGUGGUACAUGGGAUUUGCACUUUUCAGUGCAUGUUUUGUACGGGAAGCAAUGACAAUAGAUGUAGGGAUAAGGUAGAACUUAGAAUUUAAGGGAGUGUGCCUUCCAUUUUUCAAAUUAAAACAUGAAACUGCAUGGACAGGUGGCUUCCUGGGAGAAAUGGUAACUCCAAACUAGUAUUGACGACCUCUUUAUUGGGGCCCCUCCCCACCCACCAGGUCUGUUGUCACUACACCCAUUUGUCUUUGCUGCCAGACACCUGAGCUUGACAUCACCUCUCUCUGGUCGGAACAUGCCACUUAAAGGUCGUUAUAUGGAACUCAGUUCAUUAGGGCGUGACAGGAUGGCUUGCCAGCUAAUAUGUCUGAGCAAGCUCAUAAAAUAAACAUACACACCACUUUAUAGUAAAAGGCGUUUGGAAUCGUUAUUGAGAGAGAUUUUCAUACAGUGUUGACAGAGCUGUGAACACAAAUAAUAGCAAUCUUGCACUCUUCUUGUCUGUAAAGCACAAGAAUUCUAUGCACCCAGAUGUUAUAUCGUAUAUUCAGCAAAACUAGUGAGUGGGUAACCACCCUUGGGGGGGGGGGCUCCUUGUGAAAAGCACUGCUACAUUCAAUUUUUGCCUUUUGAUGAUAAAAGCCAUUGAAAAUUCAUGUAAAUAUCUUGACCAUGCAAAAGCUUGCUCAUCUCCAUGGCCGUCCUCAGAGAGAAACACAAGUCAUAAAUGAGUCUAACUGGAGACAGUGUGUGUCCAUCAGCCUUAACCAGCUUGUGUAUAGUGUCACUGAUCUGCCUGACGUGAUCUGCAAACCUUCUCCACUGCUCAUAGGCAAAAUGAUAUUUUCCUAGUUCCUUCCUGACAUCAACACAGAGUCCCCUUGUCUGACAUGGGGGGAAAGGUUAGGGAAGUUCUUAGAGAAUCCUUAAAGGUAAGACUAGUGGUGCCUCACUGGCUUGCAAGGGAACUUUGUGUAAACAGACAAAUGUGUUGAUAUUAACAAAAGAUGCAAUCAAGGUGAUAUUUUCCCAGAGACCAAGUGAUGGGUUAGUUUCUCUGGGUUAUUAGGUUUUGGGGGUUUUGUUGUAUGGUUUUGUCAUUUGCUUAUUGGCAGAGUGAGGAAAUUGGACCAGUGUGCUAUGGUAACUACGGAUCAGCUGCACACAACACUGGCUGUCAGAUGGAUUUGAUCCUUCCCUCUUACCAUAUGUCCCUGUACAGUCUAUCACUCAUUCCUGUUUCUAGUUUUCCCCAUCUCAUCCAUCCUGAUCCUAGAUACCAAAGACGCCUGACCUUCAUUCGAGUCACCAGAAAUGGAAGGCAGGCCAGAGAGGAAAUUAUCCAAAUGUAAAUCAGGAAUGUGAAUGUACAUGUAUACUAUUUGCCACUGAACAAAGGAAUACUGGUAGGUCUUUCAAAUAUAUGGGCUCCCAGGAGAACAGAAAAUGGAACUGCAGUUGUACCUGGUAUGGGAGAACAUGCCUUAAAAUGAGGUGUGAGGGGCUGGAGGGGUGGCUUAUUACUUAGGGGGCUUGCUCUUCCUGCAGAGGACCUGAGAUUGGUUCCUAGUACCCAUGUUGGGCAGCUUAUAAAUGCUUCUUCGGGACUCCAAAAGCACCUGCAUUCACACUCACACUCAGAAAGAGACAGAGACCAACAGACAGACAGAAUUAAGGCAUAGAAAUGAAUCUUAAAAAAAAAAAAACUGGGCUCUGAACACCCAGUGUGGGACAGAGAAGGAAAUUAGAGUGGAUGUUGUCUCUACAGCUAGAUUAUAAGGAAACAGAUUAAGCCAAGCCUCCCUUUCUCUGAAGAUAAAAAUUGAGAAAUAAUAACAGCAGCUAACUGUAGUAGCCAAUGUUUAUUAUUUUGUUUGUAAUCCUCUCCACAGCUCUCUCAGAUAAAUACGCUUACAUUCCCGUUUUGCAGAUAAAAUUUAAGACAGGAAAAAAAAGUGUGCUAAAUCCUCAGAGUCUACAAGGACAGUAACUAUCACACAUUUAGUUAAAGGUGGAGCUAAGAUUCAAUCCCAGAUGCUCUGGCUCCAGCCUGGGUUUAUAACCACAGUUCCCCACAUGCUCACCUGCUGGGUCCCAGGCUUCCUGCUAAAUAGGUAAUAGAGUGUUCAGGGUUAACUAUGAUGGUCCCCUGAAAGCAGGUUAAAAAAAGACUAUGCAUCUCUCUCCCCCUUUGUUUUUUGCUUGUUUGUUUAUUUUGUUUUUGUUUUGUCUGUGUUUGUUUGUUUGUGUGUGUGGUUUGUUUUUUU